AUGGCUCAUCUGUUCCCUUAUCUGCUACCAAACCUGGCAAUGCCACUGCCGAGCCCCCUGUUCAAGGAUCACAGACAGGACCUGCAUCGGCAUUCCCAAAGCCUGAUUGUGCGGCCAAUAAAGACCAGGAUCCAACGGCGGCCCCCCUUUGCUACUUCCGUGGCGCCAGCUAUGACAAACGCGCCACAACGCCCGUUCACAGGGGAAGUCCAGGAACCACGGUCAUUUACAUCGGACGAGUUGCCCGCAGUUCGCACUCGACGGGCGGUCUCGUUUUCCGAGGUAGCGCCCAAGCCUCAGUCGUAUCUCCGGAACGCUGCACCAGAUGUUGUUCAGCAACCCCAAUCGUCCCGGAGUACGUCCCCCCAGGGUGCUGCUCGUCAGCCCUCGCCCAGUAACUCUAGCGCCUACCUUUUACCCUGUCCCAGGUCUAUCCCGGUCGCAGGCUACCAGGACUGGUUCACGAUCCGAGGGCUAACGCACCUGAACAUCUGCCCUUCGUGCUUGAAACAGAUGCGCAAGUCCAAAUUCCGCGAUGCCUUCGUCCUUGGAAACCCCCGACCACGUGGGGAGAAGAUUCGCUGCUCCAUGAGCGAGCCAUGGAUCCGGCUGGCAUGGAUGCAGACACUCAAGAAACAGCUGGACCACCUCGAUCUGCUUCACCAGAUAGCGCGGAACCAAUCCGGAAACAAGCCCUGUACUGGCCGCAUCAUCAGCGAGCAGCACUGGUAUCGCAUCAUUGACCCCGACACGGGGGUGUUCCUGCCGAAAUUCAAUGUGUGCUCGGGAUGCGUGAGGAAUCUACGGACUCUUAUGCCCCCUCACCGGGACACGUUCAAGCGCAGCACCACGGCGCAGGCUCGCGUGUGUGACUUUGUGACCGAUAGCCCGCGCUUCGUGCGAUACAUCGACUAUCUGGACAUCGCGGCGAACCGGUCCGAGAAAGCGUGGUUUUCGGCGCCCGAUCUGAGCGAGUUCAUGGCCUACGCGCGACGCAAGGUCGUCCUUCGGGACUGUCGUCGCGACCGAUUAGUGCUCAACACCUGGCACUAUAUGCCGCAAGUGCCGGAAUUGACAGUGUGCGAGGAUUGCUAUGACGACGUGGUCUGGCCGCUGGUCAAGGCCAACCAGCCGAUGGCGCGCCAGUUCUCGGCUCUGAUGCGGCUGCCGGCAGGCGAGGGGCCAUCCCGGUGUCGCGAAGCAAGCUGUCAGCUAUAUUCGCCGCGUAUGAGGGCCAGGUUUCGGGAUGCGGUGCAGCGGGACGACCUGGUUUAUCUCAAACUUAUCGCGCUGCGACGAUAUGACGCGGAGCGACGGUUCCGGGAGCGUCGUGAGGAGUUGCUAGAGGACGAGGCUCGGGGGUAUGACUGUGAGACGGAGUUGCGAAAGAAUUUAGAAGAAUGGAAGAUUUGGGAGUAG